ACAGUCCAAAGACUACCGCAUGAAAUGUUGAAGACUUGCCCAAUUCCAUUGGAGUUUCAAUCGGUGGCAAAUAUUAGUUGAGAGAGAGUGAUUCUGUGGUCCACACUUCCUCCACCAAAACUCUAUAAAUGUCAAACCCAAUCUCAAGCAAUUACUCAAGCAAAUUGAGUGAAGUUUUGCAUGCCAUGAAAAUGGGAAUGGUGGUGAGAUCUCCAUCUUUUUUCUUCUUCCUCCCCUUCAUUUUAGCUCUUUCGAUUCAAUCCUCUGGUUUGUCAACGGUUGAUUUAGAAGCUGAAGCAUUACUGAACUGGAAAACUAGUCUGAAAAAUCACACUUUGGUUUCAUGGUUUCUUAAAACCAGCAACUCCACCAGCCAUUGCAGUUGGAGUGGCAUCAAAUGCAACGAUGACGGAAGUGUAGUCGAGGUUGACCUCUCAGAUUUUGAUUUGGAAGGGACUCUCAAUCAAUUGAACUUCUUCUUGUUGCCCCAUUUGACCGGCUUGAAUCUCAGCAUGAACCAUUUUUUACAAGGGAAAAUCCCAAAGAGUAUCGGCUCCCUUUCGAAACUCAGUUUCUUAGAUUUGGGAGACAAUCGAUUUACGGGGUCGGUACCUGAAGAGAUUGGCAAUCUCACUGAGCUUCGCUUCAUUUUUCUAAGUGGAAAUAAUCUUAAUGGCCCCAUCCCUUAUCAGCUGGGUAAUCUGCAAAAGGUAUGGCAUUUAGACCUUGGUAGGAACAAUUUGAACUCUACUGACUGGUCAAGGUUUACAGGUAUGGAGUCUCUUACUCACCUCUACCUAUAUCACAAUGCUUUGAUAGAUUUCCCAGCCUUUGUUUCCCAAUGCAAAAACUUGGUACUUCUUGAUUUGUCUGAAAAUGAAGUAAGUGGUGGAAUCCCCAUUCAAAUGGUUUCCAGUCUGAAAAACCUCCAAGUCCUCGACCUUAGUGUUAAUUACUUUCAAGGGCCCAUUCCUGCUGAACUUCAGAAUCUGACUAGGCUUCAAGAACUUCAACUCUAUGGCAAUAAUCUCAAGGGAUCCCUCCCUCCCUCCAUUGGAAAGCUUUUCAUGCUUAGUACAUUGUCUCUAUACAAUAACCACUUCACAGGAUCCCUUCCUCCCUUCAUAGGAAACCUUUCCAAGCUAACUUACUUAGAUCUAUCUAGAAACAACUUCACAGGAUCCCUCCCUCCCUUCAUAGGAAACAUUUCCAAGCUGACUUACUUAGAUCUAUCUAGAAACAACUUCACAGGAUCCCUCCCUCCCAUUAUAGGAAACCUUUCCAAGCUGACUUACUUAGAUCUAUCUGGAAACAACUUCACAGGAUCCCUCCCUCCCUUUAUAGGAAACCUUUCCAAGCUGACUUACUUAGAUCUAUCUAAAAACAACUUCACAGGAUCCCUCCCUCCCUCCAUAGGAAACCUUUCCGAGCUAACUCAAUUACAGCUAUUUGAAAACCACUUCACAGGAUCCCUCCCUCCCUCCAUAGGAAACCUUUCCAAGCUAACUCAUUUAUUCCUAUAUGACAACAAUCUCAUGGGAUCCCUCCCUCCCUCCAUAGAAAACCUUUCCAUGCUGGCUAGCUUAUAUCUAUCUGGAAACAACUUCACAGGUUCCCUCCCUCCCUCCAUAGGAAACCUUUUCAUGCUUAGUGAUUUGCAUCUAUCUAGAAACCACUUCACAGGAUCCCUCCCUCCCUCCAUAGGAAAGCUUUUCAUGCUUAGUAGUUUGGACCUAUCUAAUAACAAUUUGAUGGGAUCUCUUCCUCCUGAGAUUUGGAAUCUUGAAUGCAUAUAUAGUAUGGAUUUAAGUUCAAAUAGAUUUCAAGGCCAAUUAAUCCACACCGCGUCUGACCCUCACGGACUUCAGCUUCUAUACAACUACGGUAACUUUUCUGGAAAUACUAGGUUGGGUUUGGGAAAAAAAUUUGAAAUGUUGAAUAUCAGCUUCUCAACUGAUAUACGCCGUCAGAUUUGCAAAAGCAUGAACUUAUUGCCAGGAUUCUUGAAACAUUGUACGAGCACAGUGACAAUCCGAGAGGUUGCAUGCUAUGACUUGGUGAACACAACCGAGACUUAUGCCAAGCUUCCUUAUUUAAAUUAUUUGGAUCUCUCAAACAAUCAAAUUUCUGGUUGUAUUCCAGAAAAUAUUGGAGAAGUCGUGCCAAAUCUAUCGAUCUUGGAUCUCUCCAAUAACAGUAUUUCAGGAUUUGUUCCCAACUCCAUAGGGAAUAUGAAGUAUUUGAAAAAUCUUGAUCUUUCUAGAAAUAAAUUGAUGGGACCUAUUCCCACUUCCAUGGGAUACUUGCAAAACAUGAUAACAUUAAUGUUGAGAGGCAAUACAUUAUCAGGCGAGAUCCCAUCGUCAUUAAAAAAUUGUACCCAGCUAGAGGUUUUGGAUCUUGGUGACAAUCAAUUAGCGGGAAAUUUACCAUCAUGGAUUGGCCAAAGUCUUACCUCACUUCAUGUUCUCUCUCUGAGAUCUAACAAGCUUAUUGGGGCCAUUCCUAAGACUAUGUCAAGUCUGCACUCGCUUCAAGUUUUCGAUGCUGCUGAAAAUUGCUUCUCAGGCACUAUCCCUGACAUUUUCACAAACUUCACAGCUAUGAAAGUUACAGAGAAGAUGGCUGAUUACAAUAACGAUCUCAACCGCAACUUCUAUUAUAAGGUGAGCAUUGAUAUAGUGGCAAAAGGGUCAAUGAUGGAAUACACCGAAUUUCUCUCUCUUGUGACAUGCAUAGAUUUUUCGAGAAAUAAUUUCUUGGGAAGAAUUCCAGAAUCAUUGACAAAAUUGAUAGGCUUGCGCGUGUUAAACCUAUCUGGAAACCACAUGAUUGGGAAGAUUCCUCAAGAGAUUAAUCAAUUGCAAGAGCUAGAAUCGAUGGACCUCUCGAACAAUCUAUUCUCUGGUGGCAUUCCUCUGAGCAUGUCAUCUAUGAAUUUCUUGAGCACAUUGAACUUGUCCUACAACAAUUUGUCAGGUCCAAUUCCUUUUACUGGCCACAUGAGCACAUUCGAUGAUGCCUCAAUAUACUAUGGAAACGAACAUCUUUGUGGUCCUCCUCUUCCUAAGAAGUGUGAUAGUCCAAUAUCUAACAAUGUUCGGGAUUUGAGAACCGGGUCACCAGAGGUCCAGCAAUUUUGGAUUAGUGCGGGCUUCGGCUUUGGGAUUGGAUUUGGAGGAUGGUACUCAGUUCUAGUCAUUAAAAGGAAAUGGAACAAUGCAAUUCUCAAAGUCAUGGACUCCAUCGCUGAGAUUUUGAUCACGCGAUUGCAACAUUUAUUUCCCAGAAGAAAUAGGUGAUGAGUUUAUAGUUACAUAACCAGUUUUAGAAAUUAGAGUGUGAAGAAGUGUGUAAGAAUGUAGUAUUGGUUGUGUAAUCUUAUUAGGUGCUUGUAUUGUUUGGAUGUAAGUCUGUUGUCCAAUAUGUUCAUGUCAUUUGUAUUUGUUUUGUAUGUUCUUUUCAUGUUCAAUGAAAUUUUAUAUGG